AUGCCGCCCAAACAACCCCAGACCUCGCUUUUUCAGGUUUUCCUGCGCUUGCGCCCGCCGAUGACCCAGAAAACCGAUGAAUCCGGCCGUUUCCUUACCGUGGAGCCUCCUGAGGCCCUGUUGGAAGAAACAGAAAUUGUUGCGCCGGGAUCGACACACAUCACGCUUCAACCCCCAAAUGACACGAGGAAGCGCGCCGUGGAGCGCUUUGGUUUUACCAAGGUUUUUGAGGAGUCGGCAUCCCAAUUGGAUGUUUUCCACGAUACCGGAAUGGAACCCAUUAUUCGGGGAGUUCUCAAAGAAAACCGAGAUGGCUUGGUUGCGACUCUUGGAGUAUCGGGCAGUGGAAAGAGCCAUACUAUUUUAGGAUCCAAGACACAGCGGGGAAUGACCCAGAUGGCACUCGACGUUAUAUUCCGCUCAUUGGAACCGACAAUCAAGACCGACGACGGCAGCAUCACUCCCGUCAUGAUGGCCUCACUGGCCACGGCAGAUGCGUCUGAAGCUCAAUUGUUUUCCGCGCAGACAUUCCUGGAAGCUGUGUAUGGCGAGCCAACCGGACGUUCUUCUAGAGCGCAGACACCCAUGAGUCCCGGCCGUGCGAAUACUCCCCUAAUGGUACGAACAACCCCUACUCUCAAUUCCCCUCUUGGAUCGCCAACACUGCGAAACCAUAAACCUAUAUCGUCUCUCCCGAGACCGAAAUCCCAACCUGGAACUCCCCAUAAGGUCGCGAUUACUGGUAUUGCCAGUCCCAAAGGUGCAGAUCGAGCUGGCAUAUACCAGAUAUCGACUGCAAAUUCUGGAUGGAGUACUUCGGGAUUCGCUAACCCCCUCCCCUACACCCACUCCAAUAUCUUUGAGUCCCAGCCCGCUAAAUCUCGACUUUUUGUCUUUAAGGAACCCACUCCAGCACUGAACUUCCCCCGCCGGCACCCUCGUGAAAGGCCAGAUGCCCUCCCUCGACUCCCGGAUAUGAGCCACUUGACAGUCGAAAUGGAUGCCAAGUCUGAUUACGUCGUGUUAGUAUCGAUGUACGAGGUAUACAACGACCGCAUUUUUGACCUUUUGUCCCCCGCGAUCGUUACUGGUCAAGGAAACACUAUGUCCCGUGGAAACAACCAGAAAGACCGACGACGCCCGUUGCUAUUCAAGCCGACCGAGGGUUCCCCAGACCGGAAAUUGGUUGCAGGUCUGCGCAAAAUUGCCUGCGGCAGUUAUGAAGAGGCCUUGGCCAUUUUGGAUGUCGGUCUCACUGAGCGCAAGGUUACUGGCACUGGAAUGAAUAGCGUCAGCUCUCGAAGCCAUGGAUUCUUCUCUAUUGAAGUCAAGAAGCGGACAUACUCGAAGCGCACCGGUGAACACAGCUGGGUUGGGAAUGCUCUCACCGUGGUCGAUCUUGCAGGAUCCGAGCGUGCCAGAACUGCGAAGGCAGCUGGUGCUACCCUGGCCGAGGCUGGUAAGAUCAAUGAGAGUUUGAUGUAUCUCGGACAAUGUUUGCAAAUGCAAAGCAAUAUUCAAGAUGGAAUGAAGACUGCGCUUGUUCCAUACCGCCAAUGCAAAUUGACUGAACUUUUGUUCUCAAAUUCUUUCCCGUCAUCUUCCCAGAUGUCGCGAGGACAGUAUCCGCAGAAGGCCAUCAUGAUCGUGACAGCCGAUCCACUGGGAGAUUUCAAUGCCACCUCCCAAAUCUUGCGUUAUUCUGCUUUGGCUCGUGAGGUGACCGUUGCUCGAGCACCUUCGGUGUGCGGGUCCAUCAUGUCUACAGCGUCGAGCAGCCACCGGUCGGUCAGUGGCCGCUCUUCACACCACGUUGAAUCAACGGAAGAACUUGAGAGAGCUGCCGCUGAGAUCAAUCGCCUGACUCGCGAUUGCCACGCCCUUGCUGUCAAGCUUGCGGAAGAAGAAAUCGCCCGUUCUGAGGUUGAAUUGAGACUUCAAGCCGCCGAAGACAGGUGCCUCAUGGUUGAGCAAGAUGUGCGCGAAGAAUGCUGGGCAGAGAUGGAUGAGAAAAUGGAAGAAGAAAGGAAGCGGUGGCAAACCGCAUGGGACGAGCAGAUCGGUCGCAAUGACGAGCACAUCGACAAGAAGGUCGAGCUCGUGUCCCGUGGAUUCCAGAUCUUCGAAGACUCUGGCUCAAAUGAGCGCGUGGAGGAACUUGAGCAAGAGAACGAUGAGUUGCGCCGCAAACUAGUUGCUCUUGAGCGCGAGAUGCUCAGCCAAUCUCCUACAAGAAAACCAAGGACCAAGAACGCCGCGCCUGCGCGGUCUAAUCUCAGUCGCGAAAGCGAUAUCGAGAACGCUUUACAGCGCAUGGAUCAAUUGAAGCUCGCCGACACCAUGUUUGCUCCGCCGCCCCCGAACGCGUCGCCUAUGAAGAAGACAAGGAAAAUAGGAACCCGCAAAUGGGACCUCGCUCCAGAGGAUGCCAUUUAG